AUGAAUUGCACUUACCAUAUCCAAAAUCAAGUAUAAUUGAUUUGCAUAGCUCCUCACAAGUGUAAAUGCUUACGGAAACUGUGUAUUGAAUGCCAAUUUGAACAUGGAGUGGAUAUCCAAAAAUAUGCAGUUCCGAUUAAUAGGUUUCAAGAGAUAGUUAUCAAAAAAUUAUAAGAAUAUAGGCUUUAAGAGAAAUCUGAAAUAGCAUAAUAAAGAAAAGAAUUUAAAUGUAUUCUAUCUCAAACAGAAAUUAUGUUGAAAAGAAUUUGGGAUGAGUUAUCAUAAUAAAUUAAUUAGCUUUAUGAUUUCAUUGAAUAAACAAAUAACUCAUACCUGAAUCUUGUCAACGAAAAUGAUAAUAUAAUUGAAUCUUCAUAUUCAGACAUUGAAAAAUUAGUAUAAAUUAUAUAAGGGAACACAUUAAAUGAUUGGAUUUUUUAGAAAGAUUAAUAUUUAGUUUAAUUGGAGAAGGCAAAGAAUUGGUGGGAUCAAGAAGUUAAAGCUUUUAGUGAGAAGAUGAAUAAAGAGAUGAAUUAAAAUAUGCCAUUUAUUACGAUUCAAAUCGUUGAAAAGGAAGACUAAGUUAAUGUUUGGAAGGAUGAUUUAUAUGAAUUGUUGGCAUAGACAAAAAAUAUUGAUUAACAAUUAAUAAACAUGGUUAUUGAAUUGCUAAGGAAGGAGUAAAUCACAGAUUGUAUAGGGUAUCUUUCAAACUCUGAAAUAGUAAAAAAAUUAGAACAUCCUAGAAUUAAUAAUAUUUUGCUCUUAAUUAAUACUCUCAAAAAUAUUAGCGAAAUUGAUUUUAAUAGAAAGAAUUACUCCACAGAAGAUUAUAGUUAAAUUAGAAAGGAUUUGAUCGAAAAAAUAGCAAAUGAUGGAAGAAUAAUCUAAUUUCUAAAAUUUCUAGUUGAUCUUACAGCUAUUGAUGAAAGAUUGAUCUAAUGUGGAUCCAAUUCACUUAAUUUAUUAGCAGAGAUGAAGGCGGAUGUGAGAGAACAAAGCUUUCAGAAUAUAAGGAUUAGAGAUACUUCUUUAAGUGGUGCUAAUAUGGUAAGAUGCAAUUUAAAUGGAUCAAUUUUUGAUAAUGUUGAUAUUAGUGGAAUGAGCUUGAAUGGUGCAUCAUUAUUCAAUUGUAAAUGGAAGAAUAUACAAAUACAUGAUUUAAAUAAAUUCGAUGCUCAUAAUGGUAGUGUUUAUACAAUCUGUUUCUCUCCUAAUGGUGCUACAUUUGCAUCUGGUAGUGGUGAUAACUCUAUUAGAUUAUGGGAUGUUAAGACAGGAUAAUAAAAAGCAAAAUUAGAUGGUCAUACUCAUUAUAUUUAUUCAAUCUUUUUUUCUCCUGAUGGUAGCACAAUAGUAUCUGGCAGUGAAGAUAAGUCUAUCCGUUUAUGGGAUGUUUAGACAGGAUAAUAAAUAAGAAAAUUAGAUGGUCAUACUAGUGCAGUUUAUUCAGUCAGCUUCUCUCCUGAUGGUGCUACAUUAGCAUCUGGUGGUGGUGAUUCUUCCAUCCGUUUAUGGGAUGCUAAGACAGGAUAAUUAAAAGCCAAAUUAGAUGGUCAUACUAGCACAGUUUAUUCAGUCUGUUUCUCUCCUGAUGGUACUUCAUUAGCAUCUAGUAGUUAUGAUAAAUCUAUUCGAUUAUGGAAUAUUAAGACAGGAUAAUAAAAAGCCAUAUUAGAUGGUCAUAAAGAUUAUGUUAAAACAGUAUGUUUUCAUCCAGAUGGUACUAUAUUAGCAUCUGGUAGUCAUGAUAAAUCAAUCCGUUUAUGGGAUGUUAAGACAGGUUAAUAAAAAGCCAAAUUAGAUGGUCAUAGUUAACUAGUAAUAUCCGUAUGUUUCUCUCCUGAUGGUACUACAUUAGCAUCUGGUAGUUAUGAUAGGUCUAUUCGUUUAUGGGAUAUUAAGACAGGAUAAUAAUAAGCCAAAUUAGAUGGUCAUACUAGUUAUGUUUAAUCAGUCUCUUUCUCUCCUGAUGGUACUACUUUAGCAUCUGGUAGUCAUGAUAAUUCGAUUCGUUUAUGGGAAAUAAAGAUAGGAUAAUAAUAAACCAAAUUAGAUAGUAAUACUAAUUAUGUUCAAUCAGUUUGUUUCUCCCCUGAUUCUACUAUAUUAGCAUCUGGUACUUCUAAUAACACUGUCAGUAUAUGGAAUGUUAAAACAGGUUAACAAAUCGUACCUUCGGACAAUAAUUACAAAAGUAUUCUUGCAUAAUUUUAAUCCCCAAUAUUUAAAAACAAUAUUCUUCCAGAAAGAAUUACCUCAAAUAUUACAAUCCUUAGAAUUUCUUAAAAUCCUAAUCUAGAAAUUUAAGGAGCCUUAAUCUUGAAAGGAGAAUUUAUAAAUUCUUAAGGUGUAGAUUUGCGAUAAUUAUUAAAAUCUAAAGGAUGUUAUAUUUUAGAAAACUAAUUUGGAUUUCAAUGA